AUGGCGCUGCACUCAUUAUUCAUCGCGGGACUCACGCUAGUGUACUGCCUGUGGAGAGACCGCUCUCUCUUCUCAUACGACGCGCUGGAAGCUACUCGUGCAUGUUCCCAGUCGCUCACAAUCUUUGGCGAGAAGUGGCCCGGGGCAGUCAAGUAUCGCGACAUAUUUGAUGCUCUCUCCGGAAGUCUGUUCAAGACCAUUGUCAACCCAAGUUCCGCCUCGGUUUCGGGGUUGAAGCCGCUCAAGGUGGAUCUUGAAGCCGAACCUGGGGUCUCACCGACGAGUCCUGCUGUGUCCCCCAAGACGCAACACGAAGUCAAAGAGGCGUUCAUGGAAGUGGAUGAAGAAGCACCGGGCGGUUGGCAAGGGUGGAGGAUGUUCAAUGAGAUGGUGCACGACGACGCAAUACCUGAGCAUAUGGAAAUGAUAAGACAUGAGGAGGUUGUACCCGGGGAUGGAGGCAACGGAAAGGCACUGGAGUACGACUCAGUAUUUAUCCCGGAGGCACUUCAGAUAGGAACAGUGGACUCGGAAUGGGACUUCGGAGGUCUGGAGGGACACUAUUAA